AUGCCUCGAGCUAAUGGUGAUUCGUCUACUCAGCCUGAAGGGUUCUAUCGAGGCCAUCCUAUAGUGCCAACAGAAUCUUUCGUGAUACCCACACAUGAUCAGUACCCUCCUGACUCGCUUAUUCUGUUUGGUGGAACGGCGACACAUUCAGAGGGAGGACUCUUCCGAAAGGAUGCAAAAGAGUACUUGAUGCUUACCAACUCAAGCUUGCUCAAGUACAAGACAAUGGAGAAGGCUUCCAAGGUCUUUGGUAACCACUCUGUCUGGUCUUCCUCUUCGGGACACCAAAUCUUAACCCCUCAACAGAUCAGCCAGAUCACGAAAGACCAUCGUAUCUUAUCGCUUAACUCCAUUGUCGGUGUUUACGCUCACCAGUCACCAGGCAAUGACGUUCAAAUCAUUAUCGAGUACUUAGUUUCAAUCUCAGCCCAACCAGCAACAAUGCAUUUUACUCCAUCUCCAGAGCAGGCCGAGCCAUGGCUCAGGGAGCUGCGUCAAGGAUGCAAUUAUUAUGCAUCUCAGGCAGGAUUAGUCUCCAAAGGCACUCGUCAGCGGCAAUGGGUGGUAGAAAAGAUGCAGGAUGACUUUAUCGCUCUUCCCACUAGCGUUGCAGAGAAUCAUCCCACAGCGUUGGCAGCUGGAGGUAUGUGGCGAGCCUACUUCAGAAGCCAGAAUAUCAAAGGCGUACCUGUACAGGAAAGCGGCACCACACCAGAUACUAAAGUUGCAUUAGAGGGCAAAGUAGUGGUGGUUGCCGUUGGAAACUCUUAUAUCCACAUAAUGCCUCACAAUCUCGGGAACGGGAGCACAAAAGAUGAUAUGAAAGAUGAGCGCACGAUCCUACAAUACCCACUGCUGACCGUCAGAUCCAUCCAUUACAAAGAAAAAGACGACACUUUCACAAUCUGCUUUGGAACAACUCUUCGUCAACGGACAGUUGUUAUCACGUUUGCUUCAGCUAGAGCACGUGAAAUCAUUAUUGCCAUCCGCGCUAGAAUUGAAAGUCUUCGAUGGCUGUAUCCCUUGCAGAGAAAAGGCGUUGACUUGUCCAUGUCUGAAGAACUCUCUCGACCCAUUCCUGUACCCUCAAAAGAAUAUAUGGUUGAUCUCGGAUUCGAUGAUCUAUUGAGAGCCGAAUGUUACGCCAUGGGUGUCGAUCGGAAGGUUUUUAAUAACGUAAAGGUAGAUGGCUUUAUCCUCACAGUGGGCAAGGCUGGUGAUACAUCAGAGACCAAGCGCGAUUACAGCGUGGAUGAAAUGAAGUGUCUCUUUAGAGCUCUUCGAUUCAACACUACAUUCAAGGAGAUUAGUUUCCGUGAUAUUUCCUUUGCAGCACUCCACAAAUCCAAAGUCCUACGAGAUGGCACUACCCGAUAUGGACUUCGCCUUGAUCAAGAGUUUUACGAAUUAAUCAUGGGAAAUCCCCAUAUCCGUGCAUUGGACCUACACAACUGCCACUUAGAUACCAAUACAAUCGGUAGCAUUGGGCGUGCCAUCCGAGAUGGGUACACUGCUGGCUUGCGUUUGGAGCUCUUGGACCUCAACGGCAAUAUUGCUUCAGAUGGUGCUGAUGUCAUGACUCUUGCCAAAGGGAUCGUCAAACACGCUGGCACACUUCAAUGUCUCGAUGUUGGUAACUGUCAGGUUACAGGCGAUGGUAUCAAUCAAAUCAUGCAUGCAUUCGUUGCUAACCCAGAUGUAGCGUCACAUCUGCUGGAGACAUUUAGCAUCCAUAAUAAUGCAGAGAGCAAAGUUAAUUCCUUCAUCUUGGAUAUGUUCUUGAAACAUUCGAUGCGCCUUGAGUCACUGAACCUUUCGGACUUGACCUCUUGGAGUAAGUCCCCAAUUUUAAUGGCUGAGACUCUGACUAGCUGUGGUGGUAGUCUCAAGUCCUUGGAUUUAAGUGGCAUGGCAUUGCACCCUUCUACACUGGAUCAGGUCCUUACUUGGCUCUCAAGCAGCGGUUGCAAGUCUCUGGAGCAGAUCAAAGUCGAAGGAUGCGGAUUGGAUGGCAACCAGCUUGCCAGUAUCCUAGAGGCGAUUGGUCAAAGCGGGAACCGUAAAAUUGAGGUCCUCGCUGGACGGAACUUGCUUUCAGAUGGACAAGAUUUGCCCGACAACUUACUUGGUAUCUUGGCUACUGGAGAGACAGCGACCUCUUUGGGCCUUCGAAGGACCUGCUGGAGUGAGUCGGCAUUGCGCCAGCUGUUCGUUAGCUUGAGCCAGAGUUACACGCUCAAGAAGCUAGACUUGAGCGCUGUUUCGUUGGCGUCGAGCCGCGAUCCUGAUGUGGAAACAUGUAAACUUUUAGGCCAAAUGCUUGCUUCAUCCGCAGGUCGCUUAGAGGAAUUGUAUAUUCAGGGCGAGGAGACUCCAGAGUUGACAUCUCGCAUGGGCAGAAACUUAUGGAGAUCAUUUGAGGGGCUAGGCCAUAGUCGAUACUUGGCUAGGCUCGAUGUACGACGUAAUCGAUUCAAGGACGAAGGAGCCAUGGCUCUUGCGGAAGCCCUUCGUGUCAACCAGAGCUUGGUUUGGUUGGAUAUGGAUGAGAAUGAUGUGACAACGGACGGAUUUAACGCAAUCUUGUCUGCAUUCUACCAGGGCGGUACUGAGCAGGUACCCACCAGCAGUCGGUAUUACAACAGCACAUUGUGCUACUUUGAGCCUCCGGUGAGGGAUGUAAAUAAACAGACUCAGAUGCUCAAGGAUGCCAUGUUGGAGACUUACAAGACCGAACAAGAAACACGGUUCUUGUUGAGCAACUCUACAGGUAAAGAUGCGCGCGAGUGGAAGGAGCGUUUAGCACAAAUCAUUCGACAGCGCAGCCAGAGUUCUGAAGCGAUCGCACGUCUUGAACGUGCAAUUCAGGGUAUUACAGCUAUUGUGGACCGUAACAAGGCAGCCAUGGAUGCUGUGAUUCGUGAUCGAGAGCGCCGACGUGAACGAGAUCACGGCUACGAUCAGACCAAUGAUCAUCGGCACUAA